AUGGCGUCAUCUUUUGAGCAAAUGAGAGCGAACGUUGGGAAACUGCUCCGAGGCAUCGACAGGUAUAACCCAGAGAACCUGGCCACACUGGAGCGAUACGUGGAGACCCAGGCCCGAGAGAACGCCUACGACCUGGAGGCCAACCUGGCCAUCCUCAAACUCCUCCUCCUGGUUCCACCCCUGGUUCCACCCCUGGUUCGACCUCUGGUUCCACCCCUGGUUCCACCCCUGGUUCCACCCCUGGUUCCACCUCUGGUUCCACCCCUGGUUCCACCCCUGGUUCCACCCCUGGUUCCACCCCUGGUUCCACCCCUGGUUCCACCUCUGGUUCCACCCCUGGUUCCACCUCUGGUUCCACCCCUGGUUCCACCCCUGGUUCCACCUCUGGUUCCACCCCUGGUUCCACCCCUGGUUCCACCUCUGGUUCCACCCCUGGUUCCACCCCUGGUUCCACCUCUGGUUCCACCUCUGGUUCCACCUCUGGUUCCACCUCUGGUUCCACCUCUGGUUCCACCUCUGGUUCCUCUGUUGCAACAUGUGGUCACCAACACUGGGAACGCCUACGACUCAGACACAGGGAUGUUCAUAGCCCCAGUCAGAGGAGUGUACCACUUCCAGGUUCAUGUUUUAGAAGUCUUUGGUGGAAGUUACACGGCGUUAGUUUCUCUGAUGAAGAAUGGAUCGAGGAUGUUUUCAGCCAAUGAGUUCCAGGCGUCAGGGAACGGCUCCGCCUCCAACUCCAUGUCUGUGCUGCUGGAGGCGGGAGAUGUGGUCUAUGUGCGUCUCUGGAGCAACAAUCGUAUUUACGACAGCACGUAUCACCUCAACACCUUCAGUGGUCACCUGCUGUUCACCGUCUGA